CGACAGUCGACGACAGCACUCCGUGCGGUGACCCUGAACAUUACAGCACUCCUGCGAUCUCCGCAUACCAAACACAAAACAUAAGACGCCAUGGGGCAGAGCAUGUCAUGGAUUUCGAAUCUGCUUUUCUCCAAGAAGGAGAUCAGGAUAUUGAUUCUUGGACUCGACAAUGCUGGAAAGACCACGCUGCUCUACAGACUCAAGAUUGGAGAGGUAGUAACGACAAUCCCGACAAUCGGCUUCAACGUUGAAUCCGUCACGUACAAAAACUUGAACUUCAACGUCUGGGAUCUGGGCGGCCAAACCUCUAUCCGGCCGUACUGGCGGUGUUACUACGCCAACACGGCAGCAGUAAUCUUCGUUGUCGACAGCACCGAUAUCGAGCGUCUGCAGACCGCUGCCGAGGAGCUUGGUGCCAUGCUCAACGAGGAGGAGCUCAAGGAUGCUGCGCUGCUGGUCUUCGCGAACAAGCAAGACCAACCCGGGGCGAAAGGUGCUGGCGACAUUUCUGAAGCUCUGAGGUUAGGCGAAUUGAGAGACAGGAACUGGAGCAUAAUGGCGUGUUCCGCUGUUGAUGGCAGUGGUGUCACGGAAGGCAUGGACUGGCUUGUGCAAACCGUCAACCAGGAGUCAUAAGCUCGUCACCCGCCACGAGCAACCCCACCCACCAGCAGCCUUCACACAUUUGCGAUGCGAGUCAUGUCGCAAAGUGUGAGGAUUAGCUGCAUCAGCACACGACCGUUAUGCGCCAUAGUCAACAGGAGUGCGUUCCGGUUUUGUGAGCAGCGUCUAGACGGCCUCUGAUCAGCUAUUCGGCCCGGAUAGGCACCACAUAGCCAUUGCCUGACUGGGGGUGGCUGACACCAGGAACGCCAACGAUGCACAAGAACGAUACCCUUACAAACCAAGUUUUGAUCUCAAAACAUACGAUUCUGUUCUGUUGCUAGAAGAAUUCAACCCCUACACCAAUUUUAAUAC